GAAGACACUUGUGCUCAAAUCAAAGUUACUACACAACACCAUCAUGGCAAAGGCCAACAGACCAACAAAUGAACUCAAAAUUAUCACCAUCAAUAUUAAUGGGGGAUUCAUGAGAAAAUUUGGAAAAAAUGAAGAUGGUUUUCUUGACUUUAUCAAUCAGUAUGAUGUUAUAAUGCUGCAAGAAACUCAUUUGACGAUAAACAAUUUUAAGGAGGAAAAUGUAGGCAUCAAUCCUAACGGCAGAACCUACCCGACAUUUUACUCCUCAAGAGAAAGAGGGGUUGCCAUUAUUAUAAACACAAAACAUGAAUUGAUAGGUGAUAGUUUUUUUAAUGAUGGGAAUUACAUUGGGGUACGGGUGAUGAUUAAGAAUCGCCUAUAUAUAUUUGUGAGCUUUUACUACCACCAGAAUGAAACCAAUGAGCUUCUAAGUCAGUUUUUGGAUGACAUUAGAUACAAACACGGUGUUCGUGUUAUUGGUGGAGAUUUCAAUGUGACAAUUAAACCCGGUUUGGAUAUCAAGAAACACAACAAAUCCCAUGAAAAACGGAGAGAGACCUUCAACCCAGUUUGGCUAAAAAGAUACAAAGAUGUCUGGAGAUAUAAGAACCCGGAUGUUGCGAUAGAAAAAGGAUGGACAAAGAGUACCCAACACACAGGUCAACUAACCAGACUUGACUACUUCUUCAUGAACAAGAAUCAUCUGUCUCUGGUGACAAAUUGUGAAAUACCCAAAGAUAUACUGCCAACUGACCACAGAGCUGUUCAACUUAUUUUAACAUGUGAUGAGCAGAAAAAAGAAGAAAGGAAUGAUGAUGUGAAAGGGGGGGAGAUGGGGGAUGAGAAGUUGGAAGUGGAGAUGGUGGAGGAGGUAAAGGAGAAGAAGGAGGAGGAGGAGACGGAUGAGGAGAAGUUGAGUAAUUUGUUAGAGAAUCUGCGUUUUUGAAAACGUUAGCAAUAUUUAAUUAAACAUAAACAACAUGCAAAGAUAUCACUGUAAGAUAUCGAGGUGUCUUGAUAAUAUUACUAUUUGGUGACAGCACUAGACAAGACAUGAACCUGUGUCCUUUUCUGUGGAAUUUUAAAUAAAUAUUUUGAUAUUUUUCAAUACUAUUCCUAUGUAAACCUUGCAUGUUCAGUAUAUACUGAACUGUGUUUAUUGUUGACUUUUAAGAUUUCAAAAUGCUAAAUGCUUUCUUAUUUGUAAGUGGCUUUGAAUUCUGCUAAAUGCAUAAAUGUAGAAAUAAUACUACUAUUAAACAAUUUCUAAACCAUCCGGGGCAGUUUCCCGGACGGGGUUUAAAUUUAUCCAGGACAUGGCUUUAGUUAUAUUAGGACAUUUAAGUGUUUUUUUCAACAAACCUUACAAAAACGAUAUUGGUGUGCAUCUUGAGACAAUAUGAUAUAUGUUAAGAUAUAUCAGUACAAAUGUUUUUAAAUAAGGGUAGCUCAAACAUACAUUUUAGUCUGGGAAUGUCUUUAUGUCUUUGUGCAAGUGCCAUGCAGAUAUUUAUGUUGUUGUUGUUUUGCAUGUUAAAAUUUAUUUUGCAAAUAAUCAAUUUUGUACAUCUAAUUACAUUAAAAAUCACAUAUGUCUUUGUAAUCUCUAAUAAUGUCCAAAUCUAAAUUUUUACCCAGUUAAAGGUGCAGUGUGUAAUUUUUAGAAGGAUCUCUUGACAGAAAUGCAAAAUGAUAUACAAAACUAUAUUAUCAGGGGUGUAUAAAGACCUUUCAUAAUGAACCGGCAUGUGUUUAUUACCUUAGAACGAGACCUUUUUAUCUACAUACACCGAAGGUCCCCUUACAGGGAAGUCACCAUUUUGUGCCGCCAUUUUUCUACAGAAGCCCUUAACGGACAAUUUUUUUUACUAAGUUGUCUCCGACGAUGACAUGUUUUUCUGGUGGCGGCUACUGUAGCUUCUCUAUGUGUUUCAAAAGCGUGGGGUGAGCAGUGGACUAAGCCAUUGGUUGCAAUUCGUGACCUCACCACUAGAUGCUGCUAAAAUGUACACACUGCACCUUUAAGUACACGGAUGCAUAAAAUAAAUGAUCAACGUCUUACCUGGAG